AUGGAAACUUUCCUUAUGAGAGUUUUCAUUCUGGAGCAUCAGAAAUCCCUCCUUUCAGUUCACAACAGUUUGAGGUUCCAACUCCACCUGAAGACACACCCGCGUGGGAAGAGACAGAAAUGGACACCAGCUGAUGAUGAGGUGAUAAUCAGUGUCUGGCUUAACACAUCCAAGGAUGCUAUUGUCGGCAAUGGACAAAAGUUACAUAAUUUCUGCAAAAGAGUUGGCGAAUAUUUCGCUGCAAGUCCUCAUGGUACAGACGGUGGUGCAAAGAGGGAUCAUAAACAUUUGAAGCAGCGGUGGCACAAAAUAAAUGAUCUAACCAACAAGUUCUGUAGCGCAUAUGCAGCCGCAGAGAGACAAAAUUGCAGUGGUCAAAACGAGAAUGAUGUUCUCAAGGUGGCUCACGACAUCUUCUACUCUGAUCACAAGAUCAAGUUUAACCUUGAGCAUGCAUGGUGUGUGUUGAGGUAUGACCAAAAAUGGCUUAACCUUAACCCUCCUAAGGCUAGUGGGAGUUCAAAGAGAAAAGAUUGUGUCGAAGGUUCCCAAGCAUAUGUCAAUGUUGGUGAUAAUGAGACCCGCCCUAAAGGUAUCAAGGCUGCAAAAGCAAGAAGGAAUACGGCUCAAGGGAAGACUGUUAUAAGAGCAUUUGGGAAAUGA